UUGUUGUUGUCGGGAGUGGGGGAAGUUGCUGCUACCGUCAGGCCAGGGAUGGUUUAAUAACAAUGUCCGAAGUACUAAUGAAAGAAAUGGAGGAGGUAUCGCUUUGUCACAUAAAAACAGAAGAACACUCGGAAAAUGGUCGGAGUUUUCUUUUGGUUGACGAACAAGAAAAUCUACAGGUCCAUGAUGAGGCUCAGUUCCUGGAGAGGCUGGGCUGCGGGGACAUGCAGGGCGUCAAGGUCCUCUCCAUCUUCGGCAACACGGGCGACGGCAAGUCCCACACCCUCAACCACAUCCUGUUUGGCGGGGAUACCGUGUUCUACACCUCCAAGUCCCCCAGCUCCUGCACGGUGGGCGUGUGGGCCGCCUUUGACCCCGGGCUGGGCCUUGUGGCUUUGGACACAGAGGGCCUGCUGGGGGCGGCGGCCAACCAGAACCAGCGCAUGCGUCUGCUGCUGAAGGUACUGGCCGUAUCGGACGUGGUGGUGUACCGCACGCGGGCCGAGAGGCUGCACAACGACAUGUUCCAGUUCCUAAGCAGCGCCUCAGGGGCCUACCUGAAGCACUUCACCCCCGAGCUGCGCGCCCUCUCCAGCCGCUGUGGCAUGGACGUUCCCCUCUCCUCCCUGGGGCCGGCGGUCAUCGUGUUCCAGGAGACCACCCACACCCAGCUACUGGGCCAUGAGCGAACAGAUGUCCCUGGCUAUGCAGACACUCAGCUCCAGAGGCGCUUCCAUGACCUGGGCCUGGGUACAGAGGCCUUCAGCUCAGUGCAGUACGUGGGCACACAGACCAUCACUCCACCGACUAACUACUCUCUGCUCCUGGAGGCUGUACGCCAGCAAGUCAGGAACACUGCCACACGAUCGCCCCGCCAACCGGUCAUCGUCUUCAGCGCCUUGCAGGCCCUGAGUGACAGGUUCUGUGGGGAGAUCUUUGACGACAAGAUCCCCCUCUACUCCUUCUUCCCUGACGAAUACUUCACCUGCUCUUCAGUCUGCCUCAGCUGCAAUAUCCGCUGUAAGAACGGGAUGAACCAUCUCAGAGACAGGGUCCCUCACCUGGCAGACGGACUGUGUCAGUACGCUCACCAGUACAACAACAAGGUCCUCAUCUGCAAGAGGUGCUAUGAGGGGGGCAGGGAGGUUAUUGUCAUCCCUAAAACCUCAGCCUCCACAGACAACCCCUGGUUUGGGCUGGCGAAGUACGCCUGGUCUGGGUAUGUCCUGGAGUGUGGCAGCUGUGGCAUCAUCUACCGCAGCCGACAGUACUGGCUGGGCAACCAGGACCCAGAGAGCGGCGUGGUGCGGCCCGAGGUCAAACACGUCUGGGACGGGUCUGAGGCCUUCCUGACAGACCACCAGAAUGCGGCCCAGAGGAUGCUGGAUGGGAUGAACUUUGUGAUCCAGUCUGUGUCGGAGUACAGCACGGGUCCCACCAAGGCUGUCACGUCCUGGCUCACUGACCAGGUGGCCCCGCUCUAUUGGAGACCCAACGCGGACAUCACCAUGUGUCACUUCUGUAAGAAGCCCUUUGAGGAGGUAGAGAGGAAGCACCACUGUCGUUCGUGUGGCGAGGGCUUCUGCCAGGCCUGCUCCACCCGCAGGAUGCCCGUACCCGAGAGGGGCUGGGGAAGCACCCCGGUCCGGGUCUGUGACGCCUGCCACCGCCAGGGAGGGACCGACACCACCAACCAGGUGGCUGUGGUGGAGCCGCGGGGGCUGAUGGCCCGCAGGGUGACAGAGGUGGCCCAGUCUACUCUAGACAUGGUCACCACUGCAGUGGACUACCCGCUGUGCUUUGUGAAAGGAGUGGCCCGGCCUGACUACUGGGUCCCCGACCCCCAGAUCGUGCAGUGCCACAGGUGCAGCAAAGCCUUCACCCCCAGUAUGUCCAAGCACCACUGCCGGGCGUGUGGCCAGGGCGUCUGCAGCAGUUGCUCCUCCAAGAGCCGCCCCGUGCCCUCCCGUGGCUGGGACCACCCUGUCCGCGUCUGUGACGGCUGCGCCAUUCGCAAGGGCAGCCUGUGAGGUCAGGGCAGAGACCAGGGACACUAUUCUGCCGGGCAUCUGAAAUCUAGUCAGACGCCACGGCACACUACAUGUUGCUUAUCUUUGUCUCCCUGUGCACUAUGAGCCACUGACCUUUAAGAGAAAAAUCCAGGUGAGCCCUGUCCUGUGGGGAAGGCAUUCAACUGAUGUCCUGGAGUAGCACUCUAAACAUGGGACUGCCUCAUCUGAUAUCGACUGCCUAAAACCAGGGACAAGAACUGGACUAGCGGGACAAGAACUGGACUUCUGAAAACUGGAAUGCCGAGACAGUUGUAAAUGACUGAGUGUAGAAGACUGAGAGAACCCCCACCCCCCCUCCCCCAACCCAAACUACCCACUGCCGGCACCGAAAGACAUUAGCCAAACAACUUUUCUGUUAGUGAUAAGGCACAAGAGGCAGUCUGUAUGUUAAUUUAGGCUCUGCUUAUCUUAAAAGGUGGGCACCUUUGGGAUCCAUUGAUGUUUGAAACAAGCACAUCAUUUUGAAUGAAUACUGAGGGUUUAGUUAGUGAUAAGGCACCAGAGGCAGUCUUAAUAUCAUUCUUAUCUGUUGGGAAUGGCUGAACAUUCAUGAGUUAGGUUAGAUUUUAAUUCAGGUGUGGGCUGUAGUGGUCAGCCAAGCCUUUGCCUCAGACAACGCCAAGGAGUAACAUCCCUGUAACCAUGGUAACCCGACAAAGAGGAGACACCGGAAGUGACAUCGCAACAUGAUCUUCCUCCCUGAUGCGAUCUCAGGCAGUGCGCCAUGGUUUGAGUCGAUGCACAAGACAGGAAAAUGAAUGAAGAUGUCACAUACAGACAUUCCAGUUUACAUUUGUACCCAUUUUCACACUGUCAUGCUGACCCCAUCCAUACUCUCCUGGCUUGUAUUUUCCUUUGACAUUGUCCUUUCCAGCAUGGUUCCAGCAACUAGGGUGGAUUGUUAACCAGGUCAGUGCAGUACUGCUGGGCUCGGCUCACUAGUGUGAAAGCGGUAUAGUAUGUUAAUUUAGGCUCUGCUUAUCUUAAAAGGUGGGCACCUUUGGGAUCCAUUGAUGUUUGAAACAAGCACAUCAUUUUGAAUGAAUACUGCGGGUUUAGUUAGUGAUAAGGCACAAGAGGCAGUGGUGUAUCAUGAAUACAGUCACAGGUAAAUGGCGUUCGGCCCAACGCGACAGCGGAGUCAACCCAUUUGCCUGUGACUAUUCAUGACGCAGCACUGCCUUGCAUGCCUUAUUGCUUUUAGAAAUCUGUUACCAACAUAUUAAAAUAACAAUGACUUACAUAUUUACAUUAACUUUAUUUUGAUAAGUGAAUAGAUAAAAUGUCAUUCUUCCACCAGAAGAUAUAGCGCGGACAGAAAUCUGCUUGGUUCUUUCGGUCAUGUUGCUACAGAUGCGAACCAGUCGUUAAUAAUUUUUUGCGUAGUUGCUAUGCAAAAGGACGGUCGUCUGUUCUGCUAAACAAAAUGGUUGCUAUGCAGGCUGGAUAACGUUCGUGUCCCUAGCUAGCCAACUUCAGCUCAGUCACGUCAAACAUUGAACCUGGAAUGACAGUACACUUGUACACAUCACUUGCUGAUGAAAAGCACAGAUUAUUUGUAAUCUCAUCUAUCCAGUGUCCAUUGAUGUGGGAUCUUUACUAAGUACUGGAUCCUAUAAUACUGGCUUUCUAUAUAGUUAUAACCAAUUGUUUUAUUCCAUGUGUGUAUACUAUCAGAUUCUGUGUAUAUGACCAUCUUGAUUUUUUUUUUUUAUCAGAUUUGUCUGAAUUUUUAAGAAUUUAAGCUAUCCCACUGGGCACACACUGGAUGAAUCAACGUUGUUUCAACUUCAUUUGUCAACCAAUUUUGAUGUGGAAAACACAUUUGGAUUUACAAAAAGUCAACCAGUACUGUUUUCAUCUCAUUUUAACCAGCGUUGUAAACAUUAAAAUUAGGGUAAAACUUCAACUUCUACAAUGACUUAACCUGACUAACAGGUUGUUACAUCAAUCUAAUUUCAACCUAAUCAUCAGAACUAUGUAUAUGUUGAAAUUGCAUUGUAAAUUCCACAUCCUAUAAUCAAUAUACAGUAUAUUGGGGUGGUUGAAAUUGUUGAAUUUCAUACGAUUCAUAUGACAUUUUAUUUGACCUUGUUUCAAUGUUGAUACUAAAAUGGUAUGUUUGAAUCAACGUCAUUGUGUCAACGUCCUGCCAACAACCUAAAUAAAGAGGUAUAUUAAAAUACAAUUCAAACAGUG